UGUUAUACGUAGUUCCACGGUUUCUCUCCGGCGUGUUUUAGCGGGCUUUGUGUUUCUAAAGAGUGGAAGAUCGAGUUUGUUUACAUAAUUUUAAAAACUGAAUUUUUCGAACAUAAGAAGAGCCAAAGACUAUUUACAGAAAUAGUUUUGCGACGUAAUGAAGGCUCAAGACAUGGUCAUGGAAAUACCAACACCCCAGUGUGUGGGAAGAGAAUUUGUUCGACAAUAUUACACGUUACUAAAUAAAGCACCUCUACAUUUGCAUAGGUUUUAUAAUCAUGAUUCAUCAUUUUUGCAUGGAGGUUUGGAUAAACCAGGACAGGAAACUCGACCAGUCGUUGGACAGCAGGAUAUUCAUGAACGCAUUAUGCAGCUGAAUUUUAGAGACUGUCAUGCUAAAAUUCGACAAGUUGAUAGUCAAGAGACGCUUGGAGAUGGUGUGGUAGUUCAAGUGUCUGGAGAAUUGUCAAACAAUGGGCAACCAAUGCGACGGUUUAUGCAGACGUUCAUUUUGGUCCCUCAGUCUCCCAAAAAGUACUACGUCAGGAAUGAUAUAUUUCGCUAUCAAGAUGAAAUUUUCUCCGAGGAUGAUAAUGAUAUUGAUGCCGAAGAACCGAAUGCUCAAAAAUCUUCAAUAAAUCAGGAGGAUGAUGGCGUUCCAUAUCAUGAAAAUGAUAUUGUGAGUCGAAAUGGAUCAGUGUAUUCAUCUGAGACUGUAAACAAAUUUGCAAACCAACAACCUUCUCAUGAAAAUGCAGUAAGUCCUCAACCUGAACUUGAAAUGGAGUCUACGAAAUCUGACUGGGAAGAAGAUGAGGAAGAGGAUGAAGAAGAUGAUGAAUUAGAAGUGGAAGAAAUGACAAAUGAACGAGUAUCUGAAGAUACUAGACAAGAACCGUUGGAAAGUCCACCUAUCAUAUCGCAAGAACCUAAAACUUAUGCUAAUAUGGUUAGUAAGAAUACCAGUUCCAAUGUUGCUCCAAGUCUUCCUUCUGCAACCAACGCCACAUCUCCUGUAUCCAAUAUCCCUUCAGUCCACAAAAGUGAUCAAACACCACCUUAUAAAACAGAAGGAACACCAUUAUCUUCAGGACAGAUGGGCAGAGACAAAAAUGAAUCGGUGGGUUCGGCAUUUGGACAACAAGGUAAUCGCAUAUCCAGAACUAGAUUAAAUUCUGGUCGAAAUGUGCAACGUUUUGAUGGUAGUCAUGAUACUGCUGCUAGAUCACCUGAUGACAUGGAUACUGAGAAAAGAAAGCCAGCAUUUAUACCUUACCCUGAUUCUCAACAAUUAUUUGUAGGAAAUCUUACUCAUUCAAUUACAGAAGAAGAUCUAAAAAUGCAUUUCACUCAAUUUGGAAAAGUUCUCGACAUGAGGAUCAACACAAAGCAAACACAAAAACUUGGAGGAGGCAAAGUACCUAACUUUGGCUUUAUAGUUUUUGAUGAUCCAGAAUCUGUGCAAAAAGUUCUUGAAGCAAGACCAAUCUUCUUCAAUGAGCAUCGGUUGAAUGUGGAGGAAAAGAAAAGGCCGAAGGAUAACAGAAUGAUGUCUGGAGAUAACAGGGUUGGCCCUCCGAGGGGUGGCCCAUCACCUCGCGUUGGUGUUGGUGGCCGAGGUUCUCGUGGUGGUAUCAUGUCCCAAGGUACUGGAAGAGGAGACAACAGGGGUGGCAUGCGUGGUAGUUACCCUCCUCGGCGUUAAUAUAACAACCGGAUAUCUUCGGUCAUUAUUAGUUUAUACGAUGUAUGGUCUUUACUGAUAACAUGUCGGACUUCUGGUGCCUGGAUAGAACAUGCUCGCCAGUCAUCUUGUUUCAUUUUUGUUAUAUCAAGUUCAAUUUCAUUUGCUGGACUUGAUUGAAAUAAGAGCAACAUGUGAAUGAAAAUGUAAAUAGGCAAGUGCUUUAAGAAUUUCCGUUUGCUUUACGAGUGUGACUUUAUAAACCUUUUAAUUUCUGCUUCAAGAAAAAUCCAGCCUCCACAAGUUGCCAAACUAAUGUUUGAGUGCAUCUUGAUACUAACUUGUAUUUAGAUACCAGUAAAUCCAAAAUGGUAUGUUAAUAUGCGUGAAGCAUGUUUCUCUUAGAGCUUUGUGGGUGCCACGAGGGGACUUAGCCGGCAUCAUUAACUUUCUUUUACUAGUUCGUCUUUUGUACUAAAAUCACAGGAAGAAACCAUUUGUGAUAAUAUUUUGAAGAAAUUGUCCAUUGGUACAAUUGUGAUUUAACGGACAUUAAAAACUGGUGCUCACAGUGAUCUCAUCUUUGUAAGAUAUUCAUAUUGUGUAAACAUUAAAGCUGCUACUUAAAAAGAAUAGCUUGCCUCUAAGCCUCUGAAAUUCAAGCAAAAAACAUAAUUUAAGAAAUCAAGUGAAUUUCAAAUGCCAAAAGUUGUAAUCGUUUUACUACCUCACAAAAGCUUGAAAAAAAAUCAAUUGGUUUCUGAUACCAAUAAUUCUAUAAUGCUUUAAUUUUGUCUUUUAUUUAAAAUUUACAUAAAAUUAUAAUCUUUUUGAUUUCAUAAAAAUUAAACUUUUUUUCAAUAAAUUAAGAAUCUAUAAAAUUUGAACAAAUUUUAAACCUUUUGGUAGCAGUUUUGCAUUGCUUUAAGUGCUAAUGAUUUUAAAAGUUGUUUUGGUAACAUUAAUAUUAAGUUGUUCUGGAUACUAUAUUAUUCAUGUAAGUACCAUAGAAAAUUCAAACCAAUAUGAAAUCUAUGAGAAAAUUAAAUGUCUUCAAAAAUAUGUAAGAGCAUUUUCUGUUAACUGUACUUAAGUGUUUAAUGGUUCACUCCUUUUACGUAUUGUUCUUGUAAAGGUGAUGCAGUUUUAGAUUUAUGUUGUUUUGUUGUAUGCUUUUUCAUAUCAAUUUGAACUUUUUAUUUAACAAAAAUGGUAAGUUAUAAAACGCCAGAUAUUCUAGUUCAUUGUUUUAGCAAUAUCGACUCAUAUUGAAUAUGCAUCCUUUUUUUAAAUUUUAUUGAAAUUAUUUCCAUACAUCCAUAUUUCACAUGUAGUGUUCAAAGUUUUGAACUUUAAAUUGAUCUUUCGUAGUUUCCACAAGGUAUCUGGCCUUCUAUAUUUUACAAUUGGUAUAAACUGUUACAAAUUCAUCAUUCAUUUGUGUUCAUUGUUUUGGUGUGUGAUCAUCUUGUAGGUUGUGUAAGCACAUUUUAUAGCCAUUUUACAUAUAAAAGAAAAAGUCUAGUCCCUACCUAUUUAUUUAAAUGAGUUUUUGAAUAGUGUUUUUCAUUACAAGUGUGAAAUUAAAAGUAGUUGACGUUUAACUAGAUGCAUCAAUGUAAUUAAAGCUUUAAAAUGGGCAAGUUGAUGCUAAGCAUUAUUUCAUACCAAAUCACUUGUGCUUACGAAAAAAAGAUAUUUUUUUACUUUUGUUUUCAAGAAAAAUAAAGAUGGCACUUUAUUGAAAUGGCAUCAGAUAAUUUUCAUCAAUAUUUUUAAAACACCAAUAGUGCCGUUCUUAGUAUGUGUGUACAUUAUUUGUAUGCCAAACAUUACAAGUGAACUGUAUAGAAAAUUUAAAAGUUUUUCUUCUUUUAAAAAAAGAAUUUGUUUUAAUUCUCAAUGUUAUGCUUGGCAUUCAAAUUUGUUAGCAUUGUGAUUACAAUUAAUCUUUAUGAAUGUUAAAUUGGAAGCAAAGUAGCUAACCUUGUGUUUGUUUGAUUCUAGUAUUAAAUUCAAAAGCAGUGUAUGAAACUUUGCUUUUCUGAGUGUAAAAAUGUAAAUAGAAGUUUGUAAUACUAAUUUUUGGUUUAUCUUUUUAACAUUUGUUUUUAUAUGUGAUAAUUUGCAUCUUUUUCUCUGGAAAGAAAAUUAAAAAAUUCUUCUAUUGUUAAAUAUAAAUGUAAAUUUAUUUAUUUAGUAUAUUUAUAUUUUUAACUGAAAAAGGAAUUGAAAUGGUUGAUAGUAGCUGGCACCAAAAUGGAUAUAUUGUUUUUUCUAUUUUAUUAAAAGUUAAAAAUCUAAAAAGUAUACUUAUAAAUUUGAUUUAUUUUUGAGCUUUUAAUUUAAGUAUACCAUUUAUAUUCUUUGCUUUUUUAAUGAAAAGCAAGUUAAGAAGAAUUUGUUCUGUUUUUUUUUCUUACAAAAAUAGUUUACAUAAUUGCCAAAGUGUGUAAUCUUAUUUUCUGUUUGUUUGUCAGUAAAAUUGUUUUAAAGAAUGAAUUCUGCCUUUCCCUAAAAGAACUUAUCCCUUCCCAAAUACUUGUGUGGCAGCAUUCAUCAAUCUGUUCAUUCAAAAUAAAAAAAAAUAGUGAUUUC